AUGGAGACAAGAACAGUUAACUUUACAUGUAAUGCCUGCCACAUUCAAUUUACCAAAUCUGAGGACCAGAGGGAUCAUAUGAAAGGUGAAUGGCACCGAUACAAUUUAAAGAGAAGAGUUGCACAAUUACCACCAAUUUCUGAAGAAACAUUCAACUCCAAAGUUGCUAAUAUUGAGAAGAAGAAGAAGGAGGAAGAAAUGGAAGAGUUGACAUACGGAAUAAACAACGUUCAACUAAGUGCAAAGCAGCAGCGUAAGAAACAACGGGAAGAAUUACUUGAGAAAAAGAGAAAACUUUUAGAAUUAGCCAAGAAUAGGUUGGUUAGUAAUGGUGGACGUGUCAAAUUAGAUGAAGACGGAAAAGUGGUUGUAGAGAAGAAGGAAUUGACCACAGAAGAGAAGCAAUUAAAACAAGAGGUCCAAGAGGCCAUCCGUAAGGAAAACGAGGAAGGAAAUAUUGACGAGGAAGCUUUGAUAGAGGAAAAACUCAAAAAUAGAGUUGAUGUCCCAAUUACAAAAUGUAUUUUUUGUAAGGAGCCGGAGUUUGAUGAUAUUACUGGCACUUUUCAACAUUUAUUCAAACAUCAUGGCCUGUAUGUUCCUGAAAAGAAGUACCUUGUGAAUCCGGAAGGUUUGUUGAAGUACUUAUAUGAAAAGAUUGGUUAUGGUAAUGUUUGUUUGUCAUGUAAUUUUCAGGGUAAGAAUUUCCAGAGUAUAAUCCAACAUAUGUUGAGUAAGAACCAUAUUAGAAUUCCCUAUGAGACUGAAGACGAAAAGUUAGAGAUUAGUGAAUUUUAUGACUUUACUAAGACGUAUGAAGUUCAAGUUACUGAAGCUGAUGGAAAUGGGGAGUGGGAAGAUGUCGAUGAAGAAGAACUUGAAAAUGAUGAAGAUGUGAAUGAAGAGCUCUAUGCCAGCUCAUAUGGCUUACAUUUACCGAACGGAGUUGUUCUUGGCCAUCGUUCGUUGGCCAAGUAUUACAGGCAAAAUAUUAAACCCGAGAAGGAGUUGUCUGAAGGUCAGGGUACAGUUCUUGCUGCUGAAACUAGGAAAUUUGUUACAACUGUUGAUCACAAAGUCGUUGAGCUACAAAAGCGUGUAUGGAACAAUGAGUCGAAAGCAAGGGAUAGGAACGAUAGACGUGCACAAAAGUUCAUUAAUUGGCAGCCACAUUACAGAGAUCAACUUUUGCAAUAG